GCAAAUUCCAGAUUGUAGUUGUUGAAUUAGACUUUAUUUCUUUAAAAUCUUUAAACAUAUACAGCCCUCCCUCCUCAUCUCCUCACUCAAAUCACUCAUACCUUCUAAUAAUUCAUCAUGGUUCUUCUCUCUGAACUUGAACUUUUACCAGGAUCCUCAUCUUCUUCAUCAAAUCAUGAUCAUAAUCAUAGAUAUGACGUAUUUUUAAGUUUUAGAGCUGUUGAUACUCGUAAUAGUUUCAUAGAUCACCUCUACAAUGCCCUUGUGGAUGCCAAUAUCAUCACGUUUUUGGAUGAUGAAGAUAUCGAAACUGGAGAACCACUAAAACCAGAACUCGAGUGUGCGAUUAAAUCAUCUAGAGCUUCUAUUAUCGUGUUGUCUAAGAAUUAUGCUUCAUCCACAUGGUGCCUAGAGGAACUGGUAUUAAUCCUUGAGCGAAACAGGAACUUUAACCAAAUCGUUAUCCCCAUCUUCUAUCAUGUCUCUCCCACGGACGUCAGGAAGCAGCAUGGAAGCUUUGGGGAAGCAAUGGUACAACAUAAACAGAUGUUGGAGACAGAAACAAAUGCAGAGAAAAGAAGUGAAUGGGGUCAAAAGAUGGAGUUAUGGAAGAGGGCACUCACACAAGUUGCUGAUUUAAAAGGAAAAGAUGCAAAGAACAGGAAAGAGACCGGGUUUAUCGAGGAAAUAGUUACCGACAUCAACCGUAGGUUAGGUGUGCCCUUAAGUAAUACCUUGCCACUUCUGAUCGGGAUGGACCAUUAUAUUCAUAUCAUCAGUUCAUGGUUGACUGAUGGAUCUUCUCAUAUUGCUGACAUUCUCACGGUUGCAGGCAUGGGUGGGAUUGGGAAAACAUCUCUGGCUAAACAUGUUUUCCAGUUACACUCUAGUAAAUUUCACAAAAGUAGCUUUAUCGAAGGUAUUAAUGCAAGAUGUAAUGAGCACAUUAAUGGAUUGCUUGAUAUACAAAAGCAACUUCAUGGAGACAUUUCGAAAAAAGUCUCAAUUCAAGUUAAUGAUGUCUCCGUGUACACCUCUAAGAUUGAGAAUGCUCUAGCCCGUAAAAGGUUGUUUUUAGUGCUUGAUGAUAUUCAUAGUCUUGACCAACUGGAUGCUUUACUCGGAAACAAAGGUUUACACCCAGGAAGCAAAAUAAUAAUAACAACCAAGGAUGCCUCUUUAACAGAAAGGUCUACACUAUUUGACCCACAAGUUCAACCGAAGUAUACAAAGGUCUUACUUAAUGGUUUAUGUGAGGCUGAAUCACUAGAGCUUUUAUGCAUUCAUACAUUCAAGAGCAAAAAGCCCAAAGAAGGUUAUAAGGAGGUUUCAGAAAAGCUUGUGAAGUAUUGUGAUGGACAUCCUUUUGCUCUUGAAGUUUUGGGCAAGUCUCUUCGUAAAUGUGAAGAUAUAGAUGAAUGGGAGUAUUACAUAGAAGCGCUAAAGAAAGAACCUCAUUCUCGUAUAAAAAAAACAUUGCAAAUGAGCUUUGACUCUUUGUCAUUUGAUAAUGAUAAGGACUUGUUUAAGCACAUCGCAUGUUUCUUUGUGGGAAUGGAUAAAGAUUUGACGGAAAGAAUAUUAAAUUCAUGUGAUAUAAAGACAAGACCCGGGAUAAGAAAUCUCACUAACAGAUGCCUUCUUAGUAUCGGACGGGACAACAAGUUGAUGAUGCAUCAAUUGGUUCAAGAGAUGGGAAGAGAUUUAGUAAGACAAGAAUCACCUUAUAAGCCAUGGAAGCGUAGUCGAUUAUGGUGUCAUGUGGAAUCAUUCAAAGUGUUGAAACAUAAAAAAGGCAAGAGAAAUCUUCUAGGCCUUGCCCUUGAUACGAGAAUGCUUGAAAAAAAGUUGUGUGGAUCGUUUAAGCUGAAGAAGGACUCAUUACGUAAGAUGGAUAAUCUGACGCUACUACAACUCAACUAUGUACAACUAAAUGGCUGUUUCCGAACAUUUCCAGAAGGAUUACGAUGGUUGUGUAUGCAUGGGUUCCCUUUAAAGUCUAUACCUUUAGACUUACCAAUGGAGAAUCUGGUUGCUCUUGACUUGUCCUAUAGUAAUAUUGAAUAUUUUGACAUGUCAUAUAGUAACCCACAACCACCUGCAAAGAGGCAAAAGUUUGUUAGAUCAUGCUCAAAAGGCAAAAGGUUGCUUGGAUCAUUGAAGGUUCUUGAUCUGAGUUUCUGUGAACAACUUCAUAGUCUUGGUGGUUUUUUCGAACUCCCUGAACUUGAGAGGUUAAUAGUUGUAAGCUGCAUAAGUUUGAUUGUGGUAUGUGAAUCGGUUGAUCAAUGUGUUGAGCUUGUCCACAUUGAUCUGAGUUACUGCUACAAGCUUAAAAAGCUUCCAAUAUCCUUAGGCAAGUUAAAGAAAGUUCAAACAUUAUUCUUAGAUGGUUGUAAUUUUUGUGAAUCUAAAAUCGAGAUGUGGGAUACAAAUUCAUCGGAUUUUAGUAUAAGCUCACAAACCUCUUCAUCUACCAUUAUCGAUGCUAUACCAAGCGAUUUCAAGUUCUUUGUGACUUCUUUACCAAGUUCAUUAAUAGUUCUGUCACUUGCAAAUAGUAAUUUGUCUAAUGAAUCCUUUCCAAGGGACUUUAGCUGCCUAUCAAUGCUAGAGGAUUUAUGUUUGGAUGAUAAUCCAAUUGUUUCAAUGCCAAAUUGUGUGAGAAGCCUUCCUAGGCUUAAGAUACUAAGUAUGAAAUACUGUGAGAUGGUUAUAUCAAUUGAGCAUCCUCCAUAUACGCUAAGAGUAUUAUCAGUCGGUCAUCGUAAUACUUCACUACAGAAAAUUAAGUUUGAUGAAAAAAUGUCCCCACUCAACAUAGAUGGACCUUGGAAGCUAUUAUCACCUUUGUCCUAUGAAAUUGAUGGCAUGGUCAAAAUCCAACCUUUGGCAUGCGUUGAGAAAAAGGUAUUGCGUAGUUUGGGCUGGACAAACUUAGAUGAGUUGAUUAAAGAAAGGCACCUAGAAACUUGCACUUUUGCAGAAUCCGAUAAAUCUCAAACCAAGAUGUAUUAUGAAUUUGGAAUAUUCAGCACAAUGUAUCAUGAGGAUAAAGGAAUGCCGAAUUGGAUUAGGUGUAGAAGCAAGGGCCCGUCAAUAUCCUUUACCAUCCCAUCAUCUCCUAAGAAGCUCCGAGGAUUGAAUUUCUAUUGUAUGGAGACGAUGCGUCAAUUUUCGUAUGAUACUUUUGUGUUGCCAAAGAUCAAAAUUAGUAAUAUUACAAAAAAACCACACAUGGAUUUAUAAUCAUUAUAUCGACAAAGUCAAGGUAGGUGGAAAGUAUUUAACUUUGUUAAGCCAUUGGAUGUUCGGGCCAAAUGAGAUGACAGUUGGUGACCAAAUUACUAUCGUUGUAUCACAAAGAUAUUGUAACGAGCAACUUACAAAGAAAUGUGGGGUGAAUGUUGUGUAUGACGAUGGAAAGAUUGAGGAAGAAGAAGAUGCGUUGCGUUAUUACAAGUCAUGGAAUCAUAUAAUUGGUGGAGAUCUCUCUGCUUUUCAAUAUCCCACAGGAGAGUACUUUUUAUCUAACAUGCAUUUCUUUGAUGGCUCUAGAUAUAGAGAAAAAGAAGUGACCUUUCAAGCUUUCUCCCAAAAGAAGUCUAAAAUACUUGGCCAUGAAUCUCAGGACAUACCGAAAUGCAAUGAAAUGAAAGGAGUUAUAGCCAUGCAUGAGGAUAUAUGCAUGGAAAUUGGAACAUGACAAGGCUAUAAUAGAUGACAUAUUGGAUAUUCUAAAGGUUGAAUAAGAAUGGUUGCAUCUCACUCAUCAUCUCUGGACCAGCAUCAAAAUUUUAAUCAUAAGUGGAUAUGUCUUUUGUGGAAGAUGUCUAUAAUGCCAUCAAAAGUACCCAUUAUUUCUGUUGGAUUAAUCGGUUCGUUAACGGGUCAUGCGUCGGCACUGUUAGAAAAAUAAACCGGUUUUACAGGAUCAACCUAUCAUCACCUCCUUUUUUAUAAUAUUGUAUUUCCUUUUAAACUUAUUUAGUUUCCUUGUAUUCUAAAGGAGCCGUUGCCUGUAGUCUCUAUAUUUAGGGUGGCUUCCAAGUUGUAAAAGUAUCACAGAAAUAAAGAACAAUAUUCAUUCAAUAAAAAUAAACUCAUUCUUGGUU